AUGGCGCGCCGCGGGGAUGGAGGGUCAUUAUUCGUCGACGACGACGACGACGACUUUGAUAUAAUAGAAAUCACCAACCCGAACCCGGCGACUCAGAUCUCAAGCCUGCUGAAUCCUUUGAGACCCAUCAAUCCGCUAGAGACAACUUCGAGCCGGAGAAGCGACCGUUCUCGAGACUCACGAUGGGAAGAACCGCCGCGGCGGAGCGCUCGGUGGGGGGGCGUUCCUCCACCGCCGCCGAGGGCGCAGGAACCCACGAUCAUCGACCUGACUGGCGAGCCCGACUCUCCGGUCCAGGAGAGACGACCACCGCCGCCCGCGCCCGGAGUGCCUGGCAGGAACCCUAGGAGGACGAACUCCCAAAGGCCUUCGCCACCGCGUUUGGCGAGAAGUGACAGCACCUUUGUCGGCUCCGGCGCCGUCAUAGACCUAACGGUCGACAGCCCGAGAGAUGCACGGCGCCUAGAGCCUCCGCGCACACUACGGGCGCGCCAUGCACAUCGCCAUGGACGCUCAUACCAGCGCGCGCCCGCGGCCGAUCAUGAUCACCGGCUCUCGACCAUACAGCUCCAGUUCGUGAACGAUGCGACCCCUAACUUGUUGACUACUUUCCGCAGCGGCGUUCAGCACAUGGUUGACACUCUUUUCAGUGCGGAGUUGAGGAGGGCGUAUCAUCCUACACUCGAAUCCCUUAGUUCGUUCAGUCCUCGAGAGCCUAGUCCGAAGCCUCCCAUGGAGGAGGUACCGCCUACCCGCCCGGGCUUCACGCGGGACACGCACACCGCCACAGAAGACGCCGAAGAGACGGUAGUGAUCUGCCCAGCCUGCAACGAGGAGCUUGCCUACGACCCAACGGAAGCAGCCGCGGAGAGCGCGACCAGUAAGAAGCGCAAGAGGGUUCCCGGCGAUCAUCACUUCUGGGCCCUGAAGAAGUGUGGACAUGUCUACUGCGCAGACUGUUUCGAGAACCGAAGGCCGACGAAGGCAUCACCAUUGGGCGUCGGCUUCCGCACCCAGGGCGCAAAGCAAGCAAGCGGCACCAACAGCGACUUGAAAUGUGCGGUGCCGGGCUGCGAGACCAAGGCGGCCAACAAGACUGAGUGGAUAGGCAUCUUCCUGUGA